AUGUCUUUGUCUUCACCAUCUCAUUCUUCAUCUUCAUCUUCGUCUUCCUCAUCGUGUAAGAGCAAGAACAAGAAGAAUAAGAUCAAGAAGUACAAAGGAGUGAGGAUGAGAAGUUGGGGAUCAUGGGUGUCUGAGAUUAGGGCACCAAAUCAGAAGACAAGGAUUUGGUUAGGUUCUUACUCUACAGCUGAAGCAGCAGCUAGGGCCUACGAUGUUGCACUCUUGUGUCUCAAAGGACCUCAGGCCAAUCUCAACUUCCCUACUUCUUCUUCUUCGUAUUCUUCUUCUCAUCAUCUUCUUGAUGAAAAGACCACUUUAUCCCCCAAAUCCAUCCAAAGAGUCGCCGCUCAAGCUGCCAACAACGCAUUUGACCUUUUUGCCCCUUCUUCUUCCACUUAUUCCUCAUCAGCCGCCUCGUCACCGUCCGAUCAUGAUCAGCAUCAUGAUGAUAAUGAUGAUGAUGGAAUGCAAUCUUUGAUAGGGUCUUUCGUGGACAAGCAUGUUUCUUUGAUGGAUCCAUCAUCAUCAUGGUAUGAUGCUGAUCAAAAUGGGACGUUCUUCUUCGAUGAUGGAGCUCCGUUUGAUUACUCUCCUCAGUUAAAUUCGACGACAAAUAUGGUCGAUGAGUACUUUUACGAAGAUGCUGAUAUUCCGCUUUGGAGUUUCAGUUGA